UUAAAAAGCUCGGGCAGACCAUGAUAUGACAACUUCACUGAUUUUGCAUCCACGCUGGGCGGACACUUUCAUGUACGUGUAUGAGGAGAACCCGAAUGAAAAUAACCAGACUAAAAUCCCAGCCAUGGAAGGGCUCAGCGGGAACUGUCCAGCGAGCCACUGCAGGGAUUUAAUCACUCACCCGGUACUGAGCCGUCAUUCCAGCACCAUCGGGACGCCCCAGGGUUCCGUUUACACGGAAAUACCUGCUCCAGAUGCAGCCAGGCAGUGCCCCGCGCCGCCCGCCUCUUCUAACGCCACCUUAGGCUACGGCUAUCCCUUUGGAGGCAGCUACUACGGGUGCCGCCUGUCCCAUUCCCACAACGUGAACUUGCAACAGAAGCCUUGCGCCUACCACCCGGCUGAGAAAUACCCCGAGCCCAGCGGCUCUCUCCCCAGCGAAGAACUCUCCUCCCGGGCCAAAGAGUUUGCUUUUUACCCGAGCUUUGCCAGCUCCUACCAGGCGGUCCCUGGCUAUUUGGACGUAUCGGUGGUUCCAGGUAUCAGUGGGCACCCCGAGCCAAGACACGACGCGCUGCUCCCCAUGGAGGGUUACCAGCACUGGGCUCUUUCCAACGGAUGGGACGGGCAGGUUUACUGCGCGAAGGAGCAGGCGCAGUCCACCCAUCUCUGGAAGUCGCCUUUCCCAGAUGUGGUACCACUUCAGCCAGAAGUGAACAGCUACCGCAGGGGCCGGAAAAAAAGGGUCCCUUACACGAAAAUCCAGCUGAAAGAAUUAGAAAAGGAGUACGCGGCCAGCAAGUUCAUUACCAAAGAGAAGCGAAGAAGGAUCUCCGCCACUACCAACCUUUCCGAGCGCCAGGUCACAAUCUGGUUUCAGAAUCGCAGAGUGAAAGAAAAAAAGGUUAUUAGUAAAUCUAAGACAUCCCACCUUCAUGCUACCUGACAUAGAAAUGUUUCAAGAGGGAGAGGGGAAACAAAAAAAAAACAAUUAAAAGGGGGGAAGAAACAAAUGCAAAUAUUUAUCUGGUAAAUUUGUAGAAAAAGGAGGGGAAAAAUGCAUUGAAUUUGAUUAUUUAAACACCCACACAGUCUCCAAGAAGCAGUGGGGGGGGGAGAAAAUAAAACCACCACCUUUGGGUUAGUCUGCUGUCCAUUUAUUGCCCUUUUUUAACUGUGAAGCUUGAUUGCCUGUCUUAAAAUCUAUUUUUUGAUGUUUUUAAACGUGCACACUUAUUUUCACAGAGAAGCCGAGAGGAGGGGGGAAUUCUCUCUCCUCCCUCUCUCACAUACACAUACAAAAACACCCAGAUUGUGUGUUUAUAUACACACCCAGAUUUGCUAUGUUGGGAUUCUGAGUGAUUCCCCCCCCCCUCCUCUUUCUUUUCUAGAUCAGUGUGAUAGUCCAGCACUUUCUUUCCCUUUGCCAUAUUUUCCAUGGAUUAGGCUGUUUUUGUCUUUUAUUUUUCAAAAACAAAAGGCGAAAACUGUAAACCUUACAUACGAAGAAUUAUUCGUGUCGGGGUGGGUUUUUUUGUUUUUUGUUUUAAAAAAGCUAGACCUAAAAUAUAAAAUGGAAAAAAAAAAACACCAUACAAAUGAGGCUGCUACUCAAAAGUGCUGAGGAGGUUCUUUUUUUGUCCGUGCGGUUAUUAUGUUCAACUAACUUUAUGCCGGUGCUGAAUUCGAAGUCGCUGCCUGGAAUAACUAGGAUUGUGUCCCCGAAACAGCAGGUUUUAUGAUUUGGGGGGAAAGCUGGGGGGGGGGAAAUAGAUGAGACUUCCCUGCUGACCUAGACGGGACUGAAAACUCCAGCAGGCUCGUGCUCUUAAUAAUAAUUACGGUUUUGAUUUUCUAGAUUAUGGUCUCACUCCAGCUGUUUUAUUAUUAUUGUGUGUUGGUUUUACUGCUACAAAACGGGAAUGUUAUCGGUUAUAAAGAAAGGUGCACGGUAAGGCUGGAUGUUUGUUUUCCUUUGUUUUUCUGUUUUUCUGUUUUCCGGAGAGUCCGUUCUUUCGCCUGGUUAAAACUACCCCCUUUUUUAAACCAACAAAC